CAAGGAUCCGACGCGAAUCCGCACAUUUCGGUGCAGAUAGUAUGAUGAUAAUUUGUCAAACGAUAUGCUCGUGUCGCUUCACCCAAUAUUUGUACACAUUUAUUCAGUUUUGAAGCCAGUCCCGCCACUAUCUGUGACGGUGGUUCUCGUCGAGAGUCACUGAAAUUUAUUCGAAAAGUGCGGGGACCGUUCGUCUGAUCGCCGUACGAUGUACCGGGUUUUGUUGUGUGUGCUGUUGACCAUUAGUUUUACCAAAAGUGAAAUAUAUCGUCUUGAAGAGUCAGUGCGGCCAGUCCAGUACUCCAUAAAAAUACUUCCGGAUUUUGAUACCGAUAAUUUUACUGGUGAAGUAACAAUAGAGGUCGACGUACAAUCAGAGCGUCCCAGCAUCGUAUUGCAUAGCAUAGACUUACACUUCACUAAAGUACUUCUCGACAAUGAAACCGCCAACUUCACCGAACAGCCCAACGUUCAAACCAUCACCGUUUUCCCCGUUGUCGAUGGGAAACCCAUCACAAAAGGCAGACACGUCCUUCAAUUCGAAUACGAAGGAAGACUGACGUUGAACGAAAGAAGGGGUUUUAAUAAAGCAACUUACGGAGUAAACAGCGAAAACGAACAGUUCCUCCUGGUGACCGACCUGCAACCGAAUGGAGCACGAAGCGUGUUUCCAUCGUUCGACGAGCCUUCUUUCAAAGCCAACUUUACAGUUACGUUAAUCAGUUCCAAUUCCUCCUUCUAUGGCCUAUCCAACAUGGAAAUGAUUAAUAAGUCGACAGACGAGGAAACUGGAAGGACAACGUAUAACUUUGCCCCAAGCUUGAAGAUGUCCUCAUACUUGGUCUGUCUCAUUUUCACCAACUUCCCGUACGACGAAGACAGUGUUGAGGUCAACGGCAAAACAAUAAAACUAAGAAUGUAUUCACAUCAAAAAAACCAUACUAUACCCUUCAAGUUGGCUAAAAACGCCCUGAAAGUAUUAACUGAAUUCACCGACAUUGACUAUCCGUUAAAAAAAUUGGACUUCAUAGAGUACAACAGGAUGAUUGUGGGCACGGAAAAUUGGGGUAUGACAACAUUAAGACAAGGGUCUAUAUCCACCGAAGACAACAUCUAUGACCAAUUCCAAAUCGCCCAUAUAUUGACCCAUGAGAUUGCGCAUUCGUGGUUUGGAAAUCUAGUCACCAACGAAUGGUGGGAGGAUCUUUGGCUGCAGGAAGGCCUGGUGACCUUCCUGACUCUGAAACUUCGCAGCUAUGUGGAAGGCAAAAACAGUUCGAGAUACGGAGACGAAUACUCAGAUGCCGAAAGUCCCACUGAUACGUAUCAGAAACGGGCACUUGUAGAAAGUAUUGAUGACGAAGGUAUAGUUUUUGACUUACUAACUUAUGAUAAGGGGUCUAAAAUAUUUCUAAUGUUGGAAGAACUUCUUUCACCUAAAGGUUUCCAAAAUCUGCUGAGGAACUUAUUAAAAAAGUAUCAGUACAGCUCAGUGAAUACUAAACAAUUUGUUGCUUUGAUUGACGAUGAUACUUUGAGAGAGUCUCUCGAAAGUUACAUUUAUCAGAAGAGUUAUCCAAUGAUUAACAUUAGAAGGAAGGAAGACCAAUUCAUCUUAACACAAACUCCGUGGCGGGUUAAGGAUAAUGACACACAAUUUGAAGGAUCCAGAUGGACAAUACCAAUAAAAUACAAUUUCGAAAAUUGUACCAACUCUACAUUGGUUUGGUUUAAAAAAGAUAUGAAAGAACUAAUCAUACCCGCAAAUGGAUCAAAGAUACUAAUCCUGAAUAAAAGUCGUAAAUGUCUUUACCGGUACAAUUAUGCAGCAGAUAUUUGGAAUGAUAUUAUAGAAAAUGCUGAGCAUCUCGAUAAACUUGAUAUGAAGGCAAUUUCGAAAGAGGCAGAUUACAUGUACGUGGCAGGCUAUGAAAACUGCUCAAUCACAUUGAGAAUGUUCAAAAAAAUUAGAAGAACCAAUUUUAUUUGGACAAAUUUCAUCCAAAACGCAAUGUAUAUGAAUCUGCUUGAUAACAAGGCUGCAGAUAUUUUCAUGAAAUAUAUAAACCGAUGUGAAGAUGGCCGAGAUGGUAGGAAAUUAAGUCCUCAUUUCUUUUACAACAAUAGAACCAAACCCGAAAAGAAACUGGACCUUAAAGGACUGGAAACUUGCAUUAAAUGGAUUAACGAAUCACUAAGAAACGAGGAAGAUGAACAACAAAAUUUUGUGUGAGAGGACAAAAAAUGCAAUUAUAAUUACAACCACUAGUAUUAAAAUUAUAAUUUCUACAAGUUC